AUGAAGAUUGCUAGUUUUGUGAAUUUUGAUUUGAAGAAUUUCAAUUUUGUCGGUUCCAUUCCAGAAGUGAUGUUGGCUAGGAUUCCGCUUGAUAAUGUUAUUAUUCAAGGUUAUCGAAAAAUCCCUAAUUCUGGAGUUCAUAAAGUUCAUGCUUUAUUACAAGGUAUUCUUGAUGCUAGUGAUGUUCCGAAGAGGGGAGGUACAAAGAGAAAAGUAAAAGAAGCUGAGGGUGUUUCCAAGAAGGUCAAGUCGAAAAUAAAACUGAAAUCUAAACCAGUUGUGAUGGAUGCGGAAUCGGAAGAGAGAAUUCACAUUGAUGUUCCGGGUGAAAACACUUUGUUUAACGAGGAAGAUAAUGUAACCCUAUUGGAAGCUCCACCAAAGACUUCAGAAAAAAUUUCUUCAGCUGCACCUCUGAAGAAGGUUAAUGUAACUUUUGUUUUUGGGAAAGAAAAUGUGAGGAUACUUUCGCAAGAUGAUAUUAAUCCCCUGUUAUCUAAAGAAGAAAAGAUUGCUCAAGCGAAACGUGAUAAAGAGCUUGAUCUGCGCAAGGAAAUAAAGGAAGAAUGUGAUGCAAAGGAUGCUGAAAAGAGGAAUACUGCUAACAUUAAUGCAGGUAAGAAAGCUUUAUUUCCUUCUUGGAUUGUUGAAAGUGUUGGAUUAUGUGUCUAA